GGGGCGGGGGAAGGGGAAGAAGGGGCCGGGCCGCGGCGGCGGCGGCCGCGCUGUGGCGCUGCGGCGUCGCCGAGGCCCGGUGCAGCGCCGCGCCGUCCCGUCCCACUGCGCCGCGUCGCCUCGCGUCCCGCCUCGGCCCGGCUCGUCCCGGCCCGGCUCGUCCCGGCCCGGCGGCUCCCCCCGGGCGCCGCAGCGCAGGUAGGAGGCGGCGCGGCCCGGCGGGAGGCCGCGGGCUGGCGGCAGGAGGCGGCCGCGCCGCGGGCGCUGCGGGGCCGCGGGGCCCAACGGCCGCCGCCGCCUUUGUGCCGGCCGCUCGGCGCCGCCCCGCCGCAGCCAUGCGGGCCGCGGGCUGGCGCCCGCGCUAGGCGCCGAGGAGGAGGAGGAGGAGGAGGAGGAGGAGGAGGAGGAGGAGGAGGAGGAGGAGGAGGAGGAAGGCGGCGGCGCGACCAUGGAGCCGCUGGCGCGGCCCGGCGGGGACAUCCUGCGGCGCAACCCGCAGCAGGACUACGAGCUCAUCCAGCGCGUCGGCAGCGGCACCUACGGCGACGUCUAUAAGGCUAGAAAUCUUCAUACAGGAGAACUGGCUGCUGUAAAAAUAAUCAAGUUAGAGCCCGGAGAUGACUUUUCCUUGAUACAGCAAGAAAUAUAUAUGGUUAAAGAAUGCAAACAUUGCAACAUUGUAGCCUAUUUUGGGAGCUAUCUCAGCCGUGAAAAGCUGUGGAUAUGUAUGGAGUACUGCGGUGGUGGAUCCCUUCAAGAUAUUUACCAUGUAACAGGACCUCUGUCGGAGUUGCAGAUUGCUUAUGUUUGCAGAGAAACCUUGCAGGGUCUUGCUUAUUUGCAUAUGAAGGGCAAAAUGCAUAGAGAUAUAAAGGGUGCAAAUAUUCUACUGACAGACCACGGAGAUGUCAAAUUAGCGGACUUUGGUGUAGCAGCAAAAAUAACAGCCACCAUUGCGAAGAGAAAAUCGUUUAUCGGUACCCCUUACUGGAUGGCCCCCGAAGUCGCAGCGGUGGAAAAGAACGGCGGAUAUAACCAGCUCUGCGAUAUCUGGGCGGUUGGCAUCACCGCGAUUGAACUCGCAGAACUCCAGCCGCCCAUGUUCGAUCUUCACCCCAUGAGGGCAUUGUUUUUAAUGUCAAAAAGUAAUUUUCAGCCACCAAAGCUAAAGGAAAAAGCAAAAUGGUCAUCAAUAUUCCACAAUUUUGUCAAAAUAGCACUUACAAAAAAUCCGAAGAAGAGACCUACAGCAGAAAGACUCCUUUCUCAUACUUUUGUAGGGCAGCCUGGUCUUUCAAGGUCUUUAGCAGUUGAGCUGUUGGACAAAGUUAAUAAUCCUGACAACCAUGCACACUACAGUGAAGCAGAUGAUGAUGAUUUUGAGCCGCACUCCGUUAUUCGCCACACAAUUCGUUCUACAAACAGAAAUGUUAGGGCAGAAAGAACAGCGUCAGAGAUAAACUUUGAUAAGCUACAGUUCGAGCCUCCUCUACGGAAAGAAACAGAAGCUCGCGAUGAAAUGGGUGUAGCAGCCGGCGCUGACUUUGCUUCACAUUGGAAUCCUUUUGUUGAUGGUGGAAGCAGCAGGGGACUACUUACAAAAUUUGGCGAUGGGAGUGAAGAUGUUGAAGAAUCAACCCUAAAGCGAGCCGGGCCACCUCCACUACCUCCUAAGCCAAGAAUAAACAGUUUCCCGGAGGAAAACCUGCCAGAUGAUGAGAAGUCUCAGACAAUAAAGCAUUUUCCCGACUCGCAAAACAGAGCCCCGCCAGCUCAUAGGAGACAGAGUAUUCCUGUUUGUGGGCCUCAGGCUGAUUCUUCCCCCAUCGGAAAUGGGGAUGGCAUGCUGAAACUCAUUGAAGAAAAUGCUGAAGGGUCUGGACAAAUCCCUCAGCUGCCACGUAAGAAGGAGAAAAGAGAUUUUCCUAAGCCAGCAAUCAAUGGUUUACCACCAACACCGAAGGUGCUGAUGGGAGCAUGUUUUUCCAAAGUCUUUGAUGGUUGCCCUUUGAAGAUUAAUUGUGCAACAUCGUGGAUACAUCCAGAUACUAAAGAUCAGUACAUUAUCUUUGGAACUGAGGAAGGUAUCUAUACUUUGAAUUUGAAUGAACUUCAUGAAGCGACAAUGGAACAGUUAUUUCCCCGAAAGUGCACCUGGUUGUAUGUUAUCAAUAACACCUUAAUGUCAUUGUCAGGGAAAACAUUUCAGCUCUACUCCCAUAAUUUAAUAGCUUUGUUUGAACAAGCCAAAAAAACAGGAUUAGCUGCUCAUAUUCAAACUCAUAGGUUUCCUGACAAAAUAUUACCAAGGAAGUUUGCCUUAACGACAAAGAUUCCUGAUACAAAAGGAUGCCACAAAUGCUGUAUAGUAAGGAAUCCAUACACAGGACAUAAGUAUCUGUGUGGGGCACUGCAGUCUGGAAUUGUUCUUCUACAGUGGUAUGAGCCAAUGCAGAAAUUCAUGUUAAUAAAGCACUUUGAUUUUCCUUUGCCAAGUCCUUUGAAUGUGUUUGAAAUGCUAGUGAUACCAGAGCAGGAGUACCCGAUGGUGUGUGUAGCUAUCAGCAAGGGUACUGAACCAAAUCAAGUAGUUCAGUUUGAGACAAUCAACUUGAACUCUGCAUCUUCGUGGUUUACAGAAAUUGGUGCAGGCAAUCAGCAGUUAGAUGCCAUUCACGUAACGCAGCUGGAAAGAGACACUGUCUUAGUCUGCCUGGACAAAUUUGUGAAAAUUGUGAAUUUACAAGGGAAGUUGAAGUCAAGCAAGAAGUUGGCCUCUGAGCUGAGCUUUGAUUUCUGCAUCGAAUCAGUGGUGUGCCUUCAAGACAGUGUGCUGGCCUUCUGGAAGCACGGCAUGCAGGGCAAAAGCUUUAAAUCAGAUGAAGUUACCCAGGAGAUAUCAGAUGAGACCAGGGUUUUCCGCUUACUGGGAUCAGACAGGGUGGUAGUGUUAGAAAGCAGGCCAACAGAAAAUCCGACUGCACACAGCAAUCUCUACAUCCUGGCUGGACAUGAAAAUAGUUACUAAGCAACAGUAACCCAACACAAAUAACAGAACGAAUUCACCACAUCAGGAAAAAAGAAGCAUUAGGAAACUCUGUACAAGCCGGACUAUGACUUGCUGUUUCUUUUCUUGACACCUAAAGGAUCUUGGUUUAGGGUAGAAAUCAAUACAUUUUUGCAGCUGGGAACAGCUGGUUCUGUCUCUUGCCACUGUGUGGUUGGUUAUAUCAAGUUUGCUUAAUAAAAGCUAUGAGAUAAAUAGUCCUUUACUCAUUAGUCAUAGGGAAACAGAGCCUUUAAAAUAACGUUAUGCCGUAAAGGUGCCAUAAACUGUUAAAUAUUUUACUUCCCUUGGAUUUUCCUUGUAUUCUGUAGAUAUAGAUAGAGUGCUGGCUGUUUCCCUGUUUUAUACUGAGUCUUAUUCUUAAUAAAAAUGAUUUGUGUAGGAAGUGAAAGUAUCUGCAAAGCUUUUUGUUUUUAAAUCUGCCAUUCAGUAUGGCUUUGUAUAAUAGACUAUUUAAUCCUUAUUUAUUAAUCUGCUGCUAGAACGGUGUAAUGUAUCUAACUUUUAGCAAAGGAAGGUUGCAGAGCAGCUUACAGUUUUUUUUUUACAAUUGUAUAAAGAUUUGAUUAUUCUUUUUUCUUGUAGAGAUGUAGUGCGUUCUUGAGGGGUAUGCUACAAUGUUGGUUGAUCUUGUAAAAAUGCAGUUUUGUACAACAAAGUAUUUUGUAUUGAUUUUUGCCUGCAGAAUUGCCAUAAAAGGGAUUUUCUUAUUUACUAGAUGUAGGGUGUGUGUACACAAAAUAUAAUAUUGAUAUCAAACAUGUUGCUACUGGAUGAGUGUGUACAAUAUACGUGUGUGUGUGUGCAUGUGUGGUAAAUUGACCGGCAGUGUGUAUUUUUUAUAUAUAUAUAUAUAUUUAUAUAUAUAUAAAAAUGUACAAAACAUAUAUGCUUUAUUUUCAUAAAUUAGGGAUAAGCCUUGUGACAUGAAAUGGAAAUAUACGCAGAUUGUACCUGGUCAUCCUUAAUGAAUGAAAGUAUCAUGUAUCAAACUGCCCAUGACGUAUAGUUUAUUUAUACUAUUCCGGAGGGGAACCUAUAGGAUAACUGAACUUUCUAGCUUUUUGUUUGUACAGUCAUCCAGCUGUUGUCAGUCAGACUGUCAUUUGCGGAUAGUUAUUUCCCCAACUGUGUAGUAUAAAUAAGUAUGAUAAGAACUAGUAUUCUAUAAUAAAGCUUCAGAUCACUUCUUCCCUUUCCCUAUUUUUGGUUUGCCACCUGCAUUUUUCUUUCUAUUUCUCCAUUAGAGAGUCACAUUGGUCUCUUUUGUCUUCCUCAUUAAUUAAAAUUCUUGAGGUACCAUUAAAUAUGAAUAUAGUCUGACUACAGGAUAGGGUAUGGUUUUACUACCUCACACUAACCUGCCAGCUUUGAUGCAAGUAAACACAGUCCAUAGGUGGAUACAGUAGCAGUUCAUUAACAUUUGAAUGGAGGGCUUUUAAAAUGAAAUCCUACUGUAUAGUGCUGUCCGAUUCAAUUUCUGUGAUCUGCUACCCUAAGAAAAACAGGUUAGAAGCUUCACAAGUCAUUUUAAUAAAGCAAUAAAGGUAAGUGUGUUAGAGUGGCUUGCCCUGCCUCGAGGCUCUGCUGACGCAGUUAGCAGAAUCUGAGUGGUUUGAUCUUAACUCGCAAUGUGAAGGAUGGAGGGACAGCUGGGUUAUCUGCUUAGGCAUCAAACUACUUGAUUCAUAAUUUAACAUUGAUGGAAUUAACUCAGCACACAUGAUGAAUCAGUAAUGUCUUUUUGUUACUAGGUACAGCUGGAGUUUUAUGUUGUUCUGAAGGUCUGGGAGGAAAACGAGACCUGCACGCAAUUUAGCAUUUUGUCCACUUAGCACUGUCAUUCAAAACUAAUUCUUUAUUGUUGAUUUGAUAUUUAAAUCAAGUCAACCUUUUCAGUUCUGCAACUGUAUUGAGGUUUAAUAAAAAAGUGUACAGACAGAACUUAAAAAAAUCAGUCCAUGGUGUAUUGAAAAUAUUUUAAGUGGUCAAUUGUAAUUGGAGAUGAAAUAUUUUUGAAAAAGGACACUGAACAUUUGUGUUUUAAAGAAACGGAGCGAAAGGAGUCUGUUGUAGCGUGAAGUCCAUUAUUUUAGCUUCUAAAACUGACUUCUUUCUGGAAGUAAUUCUCAAGUUGUUCCAUAACUGGAUAGCAAAAGUCUGUGGCUCUUUACUUUGAGUCCAUCCUUUAUAGUGAGUGAGGCUAUCAGAAAAAAUUUGGUGUUUGCAUACAUUUUUUUCAGCUGUGCGUUUGAUAAAGAAUAAUUUUGGCUAAGAGAUUUCUUGAUCUGUGUUUUGCAUGUUAUGGAAAUAUUUUAACAGGUGCUGUUAUCAGAAGAGUCUUUUAUUACCCAUGCAUGAUUUUGGCUAGAAUAAGUGGCUUCACCUGAGGCUAGCAUUACAUGGCAUUUAACUGUUCUCUAGCAUUGAAAUUACUCCUGCCAUAGGCAACAGUGAAUGGUGACUAACCCUAAAAAGGUGUAACGCCUAGACUACCAUGACUUUAAAACAAAAAUGAAGACAAAAGUAAAGCAUAGAUGUUAUAGAGCAAACAUUUUCACGUAAUUUGCCUCAUUCACUGCAGAAGGAGAUUUUGCUUCAUCUUUGAAAACACAAUGCCUAAAAGACUAGAGAAAUCUGUAAAUAAAAUAUGAGUAUUUAUGGGGAAUAACUGGAGUAAAUAACUAUUAGGUCAUUACACUGUCAUUGAACAAAUAAGUAUUUUUCUUUGAAUGACAUGAAUGACUGGCGAUUUGCUGAAUCAUAAAAAUGAACCUAGGAAAGUCCUUAUUUAAUCAAGCCUCCUUUUAUAGCUGUUAAAGCAUUUCUAGUCAUAUGUUCUGAAAUGCUUUGUCCAGUCUGGCUUCAUGGACUAAUGGGAUUUCUGACGUGAUACCGUUUCCUAGCGUACACCUUCACGUUCCUACCUGAGCAGAGCAUGGCAUGACCGAUCUGCAUGUUUCACAGCUCAACCAGCCAGUCUCAGUGGGUGACUCUGACUCCUAGUUUUGUAUCUCGUAGACUAAGUUAGUUUGGUAUCGUCUGUAUCUUUGUAUGUUUUUGUAACGUUUCAGCCAGGGUUGAGCACAGCGUGGAAUGUGAUUUUGGAGUUUAAUAAAGCAAGGACUUGUUCACUCUCUCAUUAUUCUUUUGACAGAUAUCAAAGUAUUAGUUGUUUGAUACACAAGGUUCAUAUAUUCAACUUGAAAGCCUUAAAAGAGGCUCCCUGUGUUCUUUGAAGUGCAAACAGUAUUUGAAAAGCAGCCUGUAGAUUAGUCUCUUUUGAUUUCCUAACCAUAUUCAUUGUAACUGAGAAAUGCAACUGUGAUUGUGAUGACACCUGAUUAAAAGAUGAAAGGUACAACGCAUCCGUCAGCCACUGUGUCUCGGGGCGGGGGGAGUAAAGACCGGGAGACUUUCUGAAAUGUACUUGUUAGCUUGCUUAGUCAUUAGAUUGUAACGGAGAUUCUUAACUGCACUCGCUCCAGUUUGUGCAACUAGGCUUUGUUCUACUUAAAUUUCUGUUGUGGUUCAUUUCAGUCUAUGCCAAAUAAACUAUGCUUUAUUUGAUACCUA